AUGGAUCAGAAUCUGAGUGCAGCCCAAUGGACUGGUACAGCAACACACCAGGUUCUGAGCAAAGGAGCUUGGAACGUUUCAUCAAGUGUUCAGGAUCUCGGUACAAAAAAAUGCAAUGCGACACCAACCAGUAGAGAUUUAUCCUGGACUAUUCACUUUCUUUCUCUGUUUUACAAUCGGAUAUCAGUAGCCUGGCGGAUCCAAUAUAUACAUUAUAUUGUUCAAUGCUUCUACGAUCCUACCCUUGCAAUUGUUGGUGUUCCACUGAACUUUGUGACAAUUCUGAUUCUGUCCCGUGGGAAGUGUGAUCUGUCCAAAUGUGUCACUCUCUACCUGGUGGCUAUGGCAGUUGCGGACCUACUGGUUAUUAUCUUCGAUCUCAUCUUCAGACACAUUCCAAUUGUUUACCGUGAUGAGUUCCAUUUCUUGUUUUCUAUCCCCAUGUGCAAUAUCCACGCUGUCGUGCUUUAUGCAGCCACUGACUGUUCUGUUUGGUUCACCGUCAGUUUCACCUUCGAUCGCCUUAUUGCCAUUUGCUGUCAGAAGCUGAAAAGCAAAUACUGCACUGAACGAACAGCCGCUAUGGCUCUGGGAACGGUGACUGCUUUGAGCUGCAUGAAGAACAUUUCCUGGUAUUUCAUGCUAAUGGGUAACUAUUAUCAGAUCAACUUACCCUGGUUUUGUCUCUUAAGGAAAAAUGUUUUAAAGUCUGUGCUCUGGGUGACGAUUGAAUUUUUACAUCAUAUAUUAACACCGUGCUGCCCUUUCAUCUUGAUUUUGUUGUUCAAUGCAAUAACUGUGAAAAAUAUUUUAUUGACAAGCAGAGCCCGUAGAAGACUGCAUGCUUCUCGUAGUGGCAGAGAUCCAGAGAUGGAGAAUCGGAGGAAAUCCAUCAAUUUACUCUUCAUUCUCUCAGCUAAUUUCAUUAUCUUAUGGUCAACCUUAAUGGUGUUUUCUAUUUGGUAUCGGAUGUUUUCUUUGGGGUAUUAUUCUGUAUCAUUGCUUCCUUUUGUGCUUGAGUUGGGAUUCAUGCUUCAGCUCCGGAGUUGCUGUACGAACACUGGUAUUUAUGCUGUAACUCAGACAAAAUUCAGAAAGAAUUUGGUGAAUGUCGUAAAAUUCCCCUUUACUGCAAUCAUUAAAUCAAUUUGGUACUUCCAACAGAAAGCCUUAAACAAUGCCAGUGAGAAUUACAACUUAAGCUCGGAAAGGAGAGAGCUGGCAAUUCAUUCCUUCCAGGCCCAUCUCCAAGGUCGAUACCAGUGUGCCGUGCUCAACAGGGGUCCCGGUUGCAUGAUAUUUAAUGUGACCAGUAAUUCCAUCAACCUCAUGGUGCCAGGUUACCCGUUCUUCAUCAUUGAUCUGUGCUUAUUCUUCACUGGGCUCUGGCUGAAGACUUGA